AUGGCGCCUAUCAAACAAAAGGUGCCACUAUUAGACGAGGCAGAGCUCGCCGAACCGCGGGCGCCAGUGGCCCCCACAGCGGAGCCGCGGAAGUACACCGUGCGGUACCUCGUGGUGCUCAAGUUCGUGUACUGGCACCUCGGCGCGCUGUACGGGCUGUACCUGGCGUUUUCUGCCCACUGGGCCACUAUAGUGUUCAACGUGUUCGUGUACAUGGCUGGGGGCUUCGGCGUCACGGCGGGCGCGCACCGGCUGUGGUCGCACCGCUCGUUCAAGGCCACCUUGCCGCUGCAGGUGCUGCUCAUGCUGACGCAGACCCUGGCGUGCCAGCUCUCCGCGCACAGCUGGGCGAGGGAUCACAGGUUGCACCACAAGUACGUGGACACGGACGCGGACCCAUACAGCGCACGCCGCGGCCUGUUCUUCUCCCACAUCGGCUGGCUGCUGAUUAACAAGCACCCCGAGGUCCUUAGAAAGGGGAACUCGAUAUACAUGGCGGAUCUGGAACAAAAUCCGGUGUUGCGGUUUCAAAAGAAAUACUAUUUUCUUCUAAAUACUGUAGUAGGGUUCAUACUACCAGUCGUAAUACCAGUGCAGUGCUGGGGCGAGUCGUGGAGCCACGCGCACCACAUGCACCUGCUCACCGCGCUGCUCGGCCUGCACGUCAUCUUCAGCGUGAACAGCCUCGCUCACACCGGCGACCGCAAGCCCUACGACACCAAAUUCUCACCCGUCGAGAACACGUUUCUAUACCUGGUCCUCUUCGGGGAGGGACAUCACAACUAUCACCACGCUUUCCCAUCCGACUAUCGAAAUUCGGAGUUUGGAUUUAAAUAUUUUAAUUAUUCGACGGCUUUAAUAGAGUUGUUCGCGAAGAUUGGUUGGGCGUACGACUUGAAACCGGCGAGCCUGGACAUUAUCGCCAAGAGAGCGCACAGGACUGGGGACGGAUCUCGCCCGUCGUCGUCCGUGCUAGUGAAGAACGGUUUUGAAAAUUGUUCUUGA